CUAGAUGACUCCCAUGCUGAUUGAAGAACAUGCUAUUUUCAGGAUCAAUGCUCUGAAGUGUCUGACAAACAUUAGCAACCAGGACUUGACCUCUGGGAAGUUUUAAAUGAUAUACUGGACUUGAGAACCCAGAGCCAAAUGAGCAGGGUGACAUGGAAAAACUUCAGCUCUGUUUGGAUGAUGAUGAUUAUGACUUUCCUACAUGUAAUGCAAACACCGGCCUAGAUGCAGGAUCAUAUCCGACAGAGAGGGAGAGGGAUACUACUACUGAGCAGUCAGACAACGUUUUUAAACUUGCAGCAUCAGCUCAUAAUGAACUAGACCUACCUCUCCAUAGCCAUGAUCAGUACACACUGUUUAAUCAUAGCUGGAGUAAGCAAAAAGCUACGUGUGCUUUUGAGGACACAAGUGUUGAGUUUCCUUGCAAUGGUAGGGACGACAUCAUCGGUGACCAAGCAGGAAGCAGGGUAGACACCACAUCUUCUUUCCAGACAUCCACCAAAUUGAGUGUCCAAGAUGUUACAAAAACAAAGAGUAGCGAGGCACAGAAUGUAUUUUUGGCCAGCAUGCUUCAGGCUCAGCUGUGCUUGUUGGAGCUUCAAGACGAGAUUGAGAAGCAGGAAAGCAUUCCAGAGAUGCAUGUUUCUGAAUCAAAGAACCCAGAGCUGUGCAUUAAUUCUUUUGUGGAGAAGGCAGGUCAACAGAUGGAAGAUGAUGUUCUGGAGGAGUCGCCAGAGAAUGAAGAAGCAUUUUACUCUGAUGGGGAGAUGGAAGAUGAACACUUGUUUUGUGACAAUCCUAUAUUUAAUGAUGUUUCCUCUUCAUACCCCACCAUUGAUGAAGAGGAAACUCCAUUACAGCAAAUAGGUUGCAACAACAUUACAGCAACAUAUUUGCUGCAUUCUAACAAUAAGGGAGAUCAGAAGACAAUCAUUUCUAAUGAUCAGACUGCUCUUGUUCAGAUUGGCAUGACUGCUCUUGACCAGCCAGAUGCUCUUGUUCAGAUUGGCAUGACUGCUCUUGACCAGCCAAAUGCUCUUGUUCAGACUGACAUUUGGAAUAAAGCUGCGGGAGGCCAGGACACAAUAUAUGGACAUGAAAUACAGCACUCUGAAUCACUGGAGAUUCUCCAGAUAUUUGAAAAUGAUUGGGAGGAAAAGGAGGCUUUAUCUAGCAGACUGAGAGCCCCUAAAUGGCCCAUUUAUGAUAAUCUACCCUGCACCGAUGAGAAUAUUAAUCAACCACAAGAUGGAACUUGCAGCUCUGCAUUGAGGAUGGCUGAAAAUAAUCCUAGUGUGGACAUUAGUUCUGAAUCAGAAGGGUUGCUCUUCUGUUCUUCAAGUUCUUCUUUGGUAAACACACUGUUAGUGGAACCUGAUUCUCUACAACAUGACUGUCAUUCCCAUAUGUGCGUGAACAAGCCAAGCAAUUCACCAAUCCAGAUAGAGGUGCAGGAAGAAGAAGGUACAUGUCAGGAUGUAACAGAUCCUGAACCCUUGUGCAGUGGCUGCCAAGUAAAGUUGAGUUCAAUUACAUUGGUACUGGAGGAGAAUGUAGAAGAAUUGAUGCAUGUACAGCAAAAGGACUUUCCUGAAAUUGUGAUCGAGAUUGACAAACAGCCUGCAAGUGGAUCCGACGAGGUGAUGUAUGUGGAGACUGCUCCAAAUCGGGAUGCUGCAAGAUGUCUGGCGAUGAAACUUUUCCACCUCAGUGGUUUUCAAAGGUCUCAGGUUGCUCCAUACCUUCAAAAAAAUAAUGAUUUUAGCUCCAUGGUGGCUGAGGAAUAUCUUUCUCUCUUUGACUUCACAGGGAAGACUCUGGAUGUAGCUUUAAGGUCUCUUCUGCAGGAGUUGGUACUGACAGGGGAAACACAGGAGAGAGAGCGAGUGCUAUUCCACUUCGCCAAACGCUUUCACAGCUCCAACCCCAAGGACUUCAGAUCAGCAAAUGAAGUGCACACUCUGACCUGUGCCCUCAUGCUCCUUAACUCAGACCUGCAUGGACAGAACAUUGGAAAGCCGAUGAGCCUGCAGGAAUUUAUUAUUAACCUUGAUGGUAUGAAUGAUGGAGACAGUUUCCCCCGAGAUCUUCUAAAGGGGCUGUAUCAUUCUAUCCGUAAUGAGAAGCUGGAAUGGGCUGUGAGUGAAGAAAAGCUGUCAAACUCUUUGAUUUCAAAACCAGAAAAUCUCUUGAAUCGCAAAAAAAGCAAUUCUUUCGUAGAUAUUCCCUGUGUUGAUCCUAACGCUCCAAUCUACAGACAAGGGAUGCUGUGCCGUAAAGUACACGCUGACAUUGACGGCAAGAAGACUCCCUGGGGAAAACGAGGCUGGAAAUCAUUCUAUACAGUGUUAAAGGGGAUGGUGAUGUUCUUUCUCAAGGAUGAGUACAGGUCUGAUAUCCAAUGCCCAGAGGAAGUGAUCAGUGUUCAUCAUGCGUUGGCAGAGAGAGCCAGUGAAUACACAAAGAGACCACAUGUCUUUCGCUUGCAAACCGCUGACUGGCGUGUCUUCCUCUUCCAGGCACAGAAUUCUGAAGAGAUGAAUUCUUGGAUUGCACGUAUUAACUUGGUGGCUGCCAUGUUUUCUGCACCCCCUUUUCCUGCUGCUAUUGGAUCUCAGAAGAGAUUUGUUCGACCAAUCCUCCCUUCUUCUCCUUGCAAACUGGGUUUGGAGGAGCAGUUACAAUCACAUGAGACGUUGAUGGAUACAUUUACAGAUGAUCUGACAGAGCACCAACGCAACCUUCCAGACUCCAAGAGCAAAGCACGGGACUGGGAGGACUAUCAUCUGAGAGAGGAAUAUCUGCGCUUUGAGAAAUCCAGGUACGAGAUGUAUGUGAAGCUUCUGGCGCUACGGAUGCAGAAAGGCUGUGAAGAUCUGAACACAUUUGAGUCUCUGAUAAGCGAGCCUGAUGUGGAUCAGAAUGAUGGUUGUGGUUUGAAAAGAUCUCACUCCAGUCCAUCACUAGUCCCAGAAGGUUCCCCCAUGGGGAUUAAGGUUAAACGGAACAUCUCUGAACGGAGAACAUACCGAAGGAUAAUACCCAAGCGCAAUAAAAAUGUUGUGUGACCAAAAGCUGGACCUGUAAGUUCCUCUCCUGGGCAGCUGAGAACUAUGCACUGCAAAUAAGGUGUCUGUUGCAGUACAUCAUUAUAGUCCUGAUCAAAAAUGAAAGGGAAACCUUCUAAUAACAUAGGAGGUAUGGAUAUGAUGAGCUGUUUCCAGAUGACCGUAAAGGAAAAUGAUUUUAAAAUACAUGCAGCCAAUUCCUAGAGAAUUCUAAACUUGUACAGUUAUAUAGUAUAACCGUAAUGGACCAUGGUGUACUUAAGUUUGAUAAGUAAUUAUUCUGGCUUGCUGUUUUUCUCUGCCAGCUGUGGAAUAUGGUAGAGGUAGAAUGCCUCUAAAAGGACUAUGAAUAGCAGUAUGAAAACUGCUAGGUCUUCUCGGUCUUCAAAGCCUGUGCAUCAAACUGAAAUUACUUGUAGUACACCAUGCAAAUGGGCUGGUUUCGUAAUCCCAUGUAGGUAAUAAGAAGUGAAAAUUUCUCUAGAUUGUAAGCUCGUUUGAGCAGGGUCCUCAUCAACCUAUUGUUCCUGUGACAUUU